CACAGGCAUUUCACUGUGUGGAUUACAGGACUGCAGAACAGGGAGGAACUGCGCAGAGACACAGGCACUACACUGAAUGUUACAACAGUGCAGUCCCUCUGAAAAUAUGUAGUCAAUAAAUCAUCACCCUGCAAUACAAAGACCAUCUCUACGGUCAAAACAGCUGCACUAACUCUUCUGAAGGUAGGCUCUUCCUACACGGUGAGGUCUUGAACUGAACACGGAGACCUACACAGAGAGAGAGAAGAGCAAAUCAGAAACUACACAAAUCAUCCAGAACAUGAUCAGAAGAUAGCAUCAUACACCAUGAUCAUGGCCCCCCGGAAGAGGAAUCGUCAUGCAUUGGGGUUUCUUUGUUGUUUUGGGGGUAGUGACCUCCCUGAAAUCAACCUCAAGGACAAUAACCCCCUCCAGUUCCUUGAGUUUUCUGUCCCGAUCCCACCAGCAGAAGAGCUCAAUGCCAGAUUCUCUGAACUUGUGGAUGAAUUGGAUCUUACAGACAAGAACAGAGAGGCUAUGUUUGCACUCCCUCCAGAGAAGAAAUGGCAGAUUUACUGCAGCAAAAAGAAGGAACAAGAAGAUCCUAAUAAGCUUGCUACCAGUUGGCCAGAUUACUACAUUGACCGCAUCAAUUCCAUGGCAGCAAUGCAGACUCUGUAUGCUUUCGAUGAAGAAGAAACAGAAAUGAAAAAUAAAAUAGUUGAAGACUUGAAGACAGCACUGCGGACUCAGCCCAUGAGGUUUGUGACCAGGUUUAUUGAGCUGGAUGGCCUGAGCUGUUUGCUGAACUUCCUGAAGAGCAUGGACUAUGAGACUUCAGAGAGCCGUAUACAUACAUCCGUUAUAGGGUGUAUCAAGGCACUGAUGAACAACUCCCAAGGACGGGCUCAUGUCCUGGCUCAUCCAGAGAGUAUCAACAUCAUCUCCCAGAGCUUACGGACUGAGAACAUUAAGACCAAGAUUGCUGUGCUGGAGAUCCUAGGGGCUGUCUGCUUGGUACCAGAUGGUCACAAGAAAGUCUUGCAAGCCAUGCUUCACUACCAAGUCUAUGCUGCAGAAAGGACAAGAUUCCAGACGUUGUUGAAUGAGCUAGACCGAAGCAUGGGGCGAUACCGAGAUGAAGUAAAUCUCAAAACAGCCAUCAUGUCCUUUAUCAAUGCUGUUCUGAAUGCUGGUGCUGGAGAGGACAACUUGGAGUUCCGAUUACACCUACGAUAUGAGUUUCUAAUGCUGGGAAUUCAACCUGUCAUUGACAAGCUAAGAGGACAUGAGAAUUCCACACUGGACAGGCACUUAGAUUUCUUUGAGAUGGUCAGAAAUGAAGAUGACCUGGAACUUGCCAAGCGGUUUGACCUGAUCCACAUUGAUACAAAAAGUGCCUCUCAGAUGUUUGAGUUGAUCAAGAAGAGACUGAAGCACACAGAUGCCUAUCCCUAUUUGUUAUCCAUCCUCCAGCACUGCUUGCAGAUGCCAUAUAAGAGGAGUGGAGGAAACUUCCAGCAGUGGCAGCUGUUGGACAGAAUACUCCAACAAAUGGUUCUUCAGGAUGAACGAGGAGAUGAUCCAGAUAUAGCUCCGUUGGAAAACUUCAAUGUCAAAAAUAUUAUUAAAAUGCUGGUGAAUGAAAAUGAAGUCAAGCAGUGGAGGGACCAGGCAGAGAAGUUUCGGAAAGAUCAUGCUGAGCUGAUGAGCAGGCUAGAGAAGAAGGAGCGGGAAUGUGAGACAAAGACCCAGGAGAAAGAUGAAAUGAUGAAGACACUGAACAAAAUGAAGGACAAGCUGCAGAAGGAAUCCUUAGAGCUGCGCCAGACCCGGGACCAGAUGAACGACCUGGUGGCUCAACUUAAUGAGUUCUCGCAAGGGGGCAGCAUUUCCUUCCCACCCCCACCCCCUCCUGGCAGCCCAUUAGCUUUGUCCUCUUCUCACAUGUCUGAGAAUUUGCCUCCGUUGCCACCUCCUCUGCCUUUCUCCAGCUGUCCCCCUCCUCCUGCUCCACCACCUCCUCCAGGAGGACCUCCUCCCCCACCAGGAGCACCACCUUUCUUCAGCAUGGGAAUGCCAUCCCCUUCAACAACUACCUUCAGCAGCAGUGGCACCAGCCUGAAGAAGAAAUCUAUCCCACAGCCUUCACACCCACUGAAAUCCUUCAACUGGGCUAAGCUGAGUGAGGAGAGAAUCCAUGGCACAAUCUGGAAUGAGAUUGAUGAUUUAAAGGCAUUCAAGGUGCUGGAUCUAGAAGAUUUUGAGAAGAUGUUUUCCGCGUAUCAGAGACACCAGGACCUGCUAACUAACCCCUCCUCCUGUAAGCAGAAAGAGAUGGGUUCAACAGAAGACCUUUACCUCUCCACACGAAAGGUGAAAGAGCUCUCUGUGAUUGAUGGCCGGAGGGCCCAGAAUUGUGUCAUUCUCCUUUCCAAGCUGAAGCUGUCUAAUGAAGAAAUCAGACAAGCAAUCUUGAAGAUGGAUGAACAAGAAGACUUAGCAAAAGAUAUGCUUGAGCAGCUGCUGAAGUUUGUUCCUGAAAAGAGCGAUACCGACUUGUUGGAGGAGCAUAAACAUGAAAUUGAGCGCAUGGCCCGGGCGGAUCGUUUCCUCUUUGAAAUGAGCAGGAUUGACCACUAUCAGCAACGGCUGCAAGCAUUAUUCUUUAAGAAGAAGUUUCCAGAAAGGCUGGCAGAAGCAAAACCAAAAGUGGAAGCCAUUCUUCUGGCAUCUAAAGAACUAAUCCGAAGCAAGCGUUUGAGGCAACUCCUGGAGGUAGUUCUGGCCUUUGGGAAUUAUAUGAACAAGGGCCAAAGAGGAAGUGCUUACGGCUUCAAAGUCUCCAGCCUGAACAAAAUUGCAGACACCAAAUCCAGUAUAGACAGGAACAUUACACUGUUGCACUACUUAAUUAUGAUCUUUGAAAAGAAUUAUCCAGAUAUCCUAGAUAUUCAGUCUGAGUUGCAGCAUCUUCCAGAAGCAGCAAAAGUCAACCUGGUAGAGCUGGAGAAGGAAGUCAACAACAUAAAGACUGGACUGAAAGCUGUUGAAGCUGAACUGGAUUAUCAGAAGAGACGCGUGUGGGAAUCAGGGGACAGGUUCGUUCCGGUCAUGAGUGAUUUCAUCACUGUGGCCAGUUUCAGCUUUUCAGAGUUGGAAGACCUUCUCAAUGAAGCUAGAGACAAGUAUGCCAAGGCACUGAAGCAUUUUGGAGAAUGCGAGGGCAAGAUGCAGCCAGAUGAAUUUUUUGGCAUCUUUGACACUUUCUUACAGUCAUUUGCAGAGGCCAAGCAAGAUCUGGAGAAUAUGAGGAAGAAAAAGGAAGAAGAGGAGCGCAGGGCACGCAUGGAGGCCAUGCUAAAAGAGCAGAGGGAAAAAGAGAGGCGGCAAAAGAAAGUGAAAGCUGGAAGCAUCUCUGAAGAGAGUGGGGAGUUUGAUGACCUGGUGUCAGCAUUAAGGUCAGGUGAAGUCUUCGACAAAGACUUAUCCAAGCUCAAGCGUAACCGUAAGCGUUCGGGGAACCAAGGCUUAGAGACAAGCCGGGAGCGGGUGGUGACAAAGCUAAAUUAUUAAUUACAAGAGGAAGAAAAAUAAUCAACCAAAAGAAGGUGAUGAAAAAGUGCAAAACAAGGAAGAUGAAUGUGUGCGAUGGCGCCUGGCUGACAGCUGCCCCAAAGGAUUUCUUUGGUCUGUGGCUAGAGACGUUACCUUUCCAUGAUCAGCUUUCCUCUCAUCCCUGCUCUGUGGUCCUAAUUUGAACCAUUACAAAAGUGCCUCUGUGGAGCCAGCAGGGCCUGUGACUGGGCCAUGCAGAGCUGACAGAUUUGCUUCUGGGAGUUUAUUGUGUCAUCAAAGGCCUCAUGGUGAUGACAGAAAGUACUUGGGCCUUGCAGACUGCCUCAGAGCUGGAAAAAGAUAAUUUUCUGUGUGCCAAAGUAAAAACUAGUCACAAUCUCCAUCUUGCUGAUAAGCAAGACUAAUUUCAGAGGAGCUCUGUAAACACCUGUCGCUUCUCCAAGAUCUAGACUGGCCUUCAGGGGCUUGUUAAGAUGUGGUUCUUGAGGUUUCCAGUUCCCUUCCAGAAUUGGAUUUUAUAAGCCAUUGAUUAGCACCUGAAAAAUGCUUUUGAUCUCAUGUUCUGUAUAGUAUUUUUGUGUGGCCUACACUGUCCAAAGCACGUGAUGGUCAGAAGGAAGUAAUCAGGUUCUGGAAUAAAUUGAAAUUCAAGAAUCAGGAUCAACAUAAAAUACAUUGCAAAAGUCUUUUGGAUUCUGCUUUUCUAGAAGCAGUUUUCUGGAAUUUGUUGAUGGUUGAGCCUUGAAGCUAUGAAAUGCAUCUUCUAGGAAAGAAGCUCUGGCUUUUCUUUAGAAAACUAAGCCACUGCCAGGUUAGGAUUACAAGUAGGUGACUCUUGAGCCUGUUGUCAUUGCUGGAGGGUGGGAGGGAAACAGCAAAACAUUUCUUACCUGUUUGUGCAAGAUUUCUUAGUGCAGCCCAAUGGAAAUUGGGAGCUCCCUAGUAUCAUCCACAGGUCACAAAUAGCAAAAAGCAAACAGGGUCACUGGCUGCAAGAAAUGAGAUUUCUUUUCCCUUUGAUGCUAGCUGUGAUUCCUGUUGGCAUGAACUGGUCUUUCUGUCUAACAGGCUGACCUUCACUGCACACACUCCACUCCUACCUAGGAGAAUCAUGUAAUUCAGUAAGAUAUGAAUGGUGUCAAAGGAGAGCCUUGGAGUCCACAGCCUUUUCCAUUUUGAAGGGAUCACUUGGGAUGAACCAACAGAGGGUCCCAUAAUGAAAACUGAGAAUUUUUCCAGGAGGACACAGCAUUGUGCAAGCCAAGCAGGCUUUGGAGAUGGGUUAACUCAUAAGAAAAAAAAAAAUAGAUCUGUAUUUAAGCUACAUGUAUGAAGCACACAGUGAAAAAGCAAAGAACCCCAAGAACAGGCCUGACUUCUGAAUUCUGUGUGUCUUCAUGGCUCUAGGAAAGGGAUUGGAUUGUGUGGGCUGUCAUGGGCUUUUUUUUUUUUUUUUUUUGAAUCUUGUCUUCCUUUUUUAUUAUCUUCCCUGGAGAAGGAAGAGAGGAAAAGAGAGAAAUGGUGAUGGAUUCUUCCUCCUAGACAGGAAGAAAAGGGAGAACAUUUGAGAAGAGGGAACCACCAUCUGCAAACUAUGCAUCAAUAGUCAACAGCACAAAAUGUUAAGGAAUUCCAGGGAAGUGAAAAAAGCUCUAUUUGUCACUUUAAUAAUUUGUUUUGAUUUUUCUCUGAAUGUCACUUAAUCUCAGGCUCUGCACCGAGUCUGCAGAACAGAACUUCCUCUGCCAUGAACACUGCCUGAUCAGUAUUACACAGUACCGAUAUUGGAGAAGCAAACUGUGGUGGUUUUCUGAACACUUUGAGAGUAAAAUAAUUGUGUAAACUAUGGAAAGAAGCAAAAAAGUUGGAAUUGUUAAACUCUAAUGUUUCAUUGUUUACUGAAUUUUGAGUCUCCCACCCCAGAAUUUCCCUAUUUACGACAUUCCAGACUGCCAUGCCUCUGUAUAAUACUCAUCGUAAAGAGCUGGUAUCUUACAAGAGCUGGGUGCGUUCUCCUCCCUUACUAUCCUACUCCCCUUCUGGGAUUAGCUAUUAACAGCAAUGCCCAUUGCAGCAGACACAAGCACCUUGUAGAAGAAAGACUGUAUUUCAUAAAGGUUUUUGAAAGUUUAAGAAAAACUCACUUUUUUAAGCAUUUUUAUUUUAAAUUACAAAAUGGAUUUUUAGAAAUGUCUGUUGUAAAUUAUAUUAACAAGCUCCUUGCUGCUCCCUGAAGUAGACAUGCUAUAUCCCAGCCCUUUUUGUUUGUCUUGUUUUAAAGCAUGCCAUAUAACCUGUGCCAUGUAAGCCAUAUGACAGGUGGUGAUAUGGGCCAAAUUGGUAUAUAACUGAUAAUCCCUGAAUUCCAAAGAUGAUGCUUCUAUGGAUUAGAACAUUGUAGGUUCUUUUCCCCUCUUUGUUCUCCCUGGGUUUACGACUCACCCAGAAAUUCAGGUGUAGUGCCAAGGUCAGCCCUGGUGCAAGAUGAUGUGACUCAUGGCUCUGUCCAACUUACGUCUGCUUGCUUGUUCCCUAGGUACUUGUUUGAUAAGGCAGACUGUCAGCAUGGCACUGCUGUCAGAGAAGAAACACCUCAGGGCAAACCCCUUGAAUAUAAAUACAGCAUUCCCCCUGGCCCGGUAUUUGUCAAACUAGGUUUGUGCUGUGCUUUUUGAAACUGAAGUCACUUUGCCAGGCCACAAAUGUAGCGAAAGCAGAGAGAGUGAUAAGCCCUCUGUCCAUUUGUGUACACACUUCAACCCCAAUUUAAAGAGAUCCUGUAUUAUAGUACGCAGUGCUCUGGCCACACUGACAGAGUCAAAGAAAGCUGCUGUAGUUUUGCCACCUUCUUGACUCAUACACAAAUAAUGAGAGAUUGUGCAACUCCUGUAAAUCAGCUGUGGGAUACUUACUGGGAUGGACAGAAAGCUCAGAGUCAUGCCCCUGAUUGGUUGCAGCUCAACUUUCUCAGCACUCCAGUGCCCCAGACUCCUGUUUUGAAUCUGUGAUGGUGGCUGAAGAUUUCGUGCAGCAUGCUGGACAGUCCUCCCUGGCUCUUGACUCCAUGGUGAAUGUCCAUAAAGAGGGUUUUGGAAAAGCUCAGUUACACACUGAGGCAAGCAGUGAUUUCAUAUAAGCGAUGACAGGUGGAGAGGCCCAUUAAUAGGUCUACUGUAUGAGAUAAGGCUGGCCACACAGAAGAUGAGGAUAAAAGUUGACUGCUCUAGGGCCUGGCGUCAGAUUCUUGCUGAAGCCAACUUUGUCCUUGCUUCUCAUCUCUUGGGUAAUGUGAGUGCAUCUAUGCUCUGUUCUUCAUCAGCAGUUGUGGUAGACUUGCUGAGUGCUGAAUGAGAAAGGAAAAUCUUAUUUCUUGUCCUCUAGCACUAGCAGAGCCUGAGCAGGCUCUGAGGACUGAGACUGAGCAAGCAGUCGUGAAGUAUAACAUUGAGGCAUAACCUCUUUAUCACACUGAGAGCUGGAGAAGAGCUAGGGAGCUAGGGUCUGCUGUUGUCCUUGCACCUGUGCCUAGCACCAGCAUUUUAAGUGAAAUCACUCUGUCUUUGGAAAUAAGUGGAGGAGGAGGAGAUGUGAGAAAGAAGGGUAUAAUCGAGGGCUUGUUCUGCUUCCUGCAGAAAUGUAGUCAUUGCUAACUUUAUGAUUAAGUUCUUCACACCCAGAAGAGGAGGUACUUUCUAACUCUCCAGACUUUGUCCCUAGAGGUCUAGUGCUCACUUACCUCUGUGUCUCUGCGUUGUUCUUAAGCAGGUUGCAUUAGGAUGAUCUGAGAAAAGACUGAAGAACUCCCUCCCCCUCCCAAACCCUUUGGUCUGGGUCACUCUUCUCAGUUGGUCAUAAGUCUCUGGAAAUGCUACAAGGUAAAGUGACUUCAAGGCAGCAAGGCCCUUCCAUGCCUGGCAGCAUAGCUAUCAUGUGGGCACCGGUUCCCUAUGAGAGCAGAAGUAGGACUAGUGUUCAGGGGUGAGAGACUCCCCACUAGGGAGAUGACCUGUAUAUCCUUCAGAAGCAUUUCUGUAAUGUGUUCGCAAUGUUUGAGGAAGGGAAAGGAAUCGCAAGGGGCCCUGGUGGGAGAUUGUGGGGUAGGUGGUUCCAUAAUGGUCAGCCCCACUGGCUGAAUCUUUCCUCUUCUUUAGGAAAGCUCACACUCUGAGCUGGGUUGCAUGAGAGAAGCUUGUGUCAGGAGUUUCCAUGAGGGGAAAGGAGAUCAGUUGUACAGUUGAUAAUGUACAUGAUACAUGCAGUUUCAUUUCUGGGUUGGUUGUUUGGGGGUUUUUUUGUUUGUUUGUUUGGGGGUUAAAUGAUUUUUAAAAAAAAAAAGGUUUUAGGAAUCUCUAAGGGGAACCUGUAAAUCUGACACCUCUAUUUAUUUUGCCUUAUUUUAGUUUGCUACGUUUGUAUGUAUACACUGCAUUAUAGCAAAGACUAUUGAGACCGUGCCAGGGCAUUACACUGGCUAGACAGCUGGCUUGGCUGUUGUGCAGCAAGCUGAGCUAGGCAAGGAGAUCCUUGUGAGCAGUCUUAGUGUGGGAAGGGAGGGAAGAAAGAAACUUUCCUUUUGCUUUUGUCAUAAUCACGCUGCCCCUGGUGAUCCCGGUUCUGGGAAAGCAUGCAUUUUAAAGCAUGUGGUGAACUGAUGCAGGUUGGUUAUUUUAGAACACUUUCUAUAAACCUGUUUAUUUCUCGUCAUGAAUCAUGGUGAGAAGAUUGAGAAGAGUUAAGCUGUGCAGUUGUUCACUCAGACUUCACCCUUCCACAUAAAUUCUGUCCAUAAUGCCAGAGAAGCUUGGAUAGAUGGGCAAAAGUGGUUCAUGCCCUGUAACUUCUCACCAGAGUUAACACACUAGUGAGACAAACUGGGGCAGUUCUCCUUCCUCAGAGUUAAUAUUCCUUCCUAUCUUCAAGGUCAAGGAAGAAGGAUUUCCUCUACUUCCCCUCUCUCCUUCUGCACCCCACCUCCCCAGAUUAUCCAGGAUAAACAAAAUCUUUCUACUGGUUGGUUUUCUACCCAUGGAGCUAUAGCAAUAACCAGGUGUUUGGGGCCAUGGCUCCUUGGCUUCCGUACUCAACAUAGGAGACUUCUGGUUGCCUACCAUCCAGAGAAGUAGCCUCCAUUGGCCAUCUUAGCUUCUGUUAUGAAAGGUUGAAGAGGCCCACCUGGGUAAAACAAUUUAGCUAACUGAAAAUAUAGAAUUUAUAUAUGUGUGUGUAUAUAUAUAUAAAAGCUAUCUACUACUCUAAGUAGUAGUUUUGAUGAUCAGUAUCCCCUGAAGUUGACCAGAUUUUGCUCACUGUGCUUGUUGAGAAGGAUGCCAUUAGUCUAGCAUGGUGUUUUGGCACUCAUUUCAAUGAGAGAGUCUGGAUGCUUCCAAACCAGAGUCUUCUGUUACAGGUGGUAAUGUAGAAUAGAUCCACUGUAACCAGUAAAAGUUGCUCUGGGUUUACACCAGAGUAAUUCAAAGCAGCAUCUGGAUCAAAACUCUAGGCAGUUUUGUCUGUUUACAAGAUGUUCCACAGGGCUCGUGAAGGGCUUGGUCCUUUCAGCUGUCCAUCACUAGGAGCUCUCACCCAAGUGAUCUAGAAAAGCCUUUGAGACAAGCCAUUUUCCCCACUUCAUGCUUGCCCUUAAACAGGCUCUUUAAAAACCUUUGCAGUUUUUAGGAGAAUUGUAAGGGGAUGUCAGGUACCUGAGCUGCUCUGUGCUCAACACCUCCCUUCCAAACCAUCCCCAUCUUCAGUCAUUCUCCUUCCCUGCAAGCCUGCUCAGCUUGAAACUCGCAGGUCACUUUGGGAGGUGCCCCUCCCUGCCAAGCUAGAAAGUACAGUGCUGCUUAGUGAAGUGGGAGGUUGUGUGCUGCUGUAAUGCCUUGGUGUAUCCUCAUUUCUUAGUCAGUUUAAGACUGUAAGUGAAUUAAAUGUACAAAUCCUGUAGUGUCCUUUUUAUCUGUACCUUUUUAUAAGAAUAUACUGUAAUACUAAAAAACAAAAGCAAAAAAAAUUAAAGAUAUAUUGCCCCCA